CGUAUCCUAAUAUGAUGGACUUUUUUGAGAAUCUUGGAGUAGAUAUGGAAUUAUCANACAUGUCUUUUUCUGUUAGCCUAGAAAAAGGCCGUGGCUGCGAAUGGGGAAGUAGAAAUGGUUUGUCCAGCUUGUUUGCACAGAAGAGGAAUGUACUGAAUCCUUACUUCUGGCAAAUGAUCAAGGAAAUUGUCAAGUUCAAAGAUGAUGUCAUUAGCUAUCUUGAUAUGCUUGAGAAUAACCCACAUAUUGACCGCAAUGAGCCUCUGGAGGAAUUAAAUCAAGGGGUUACUCAGAAUUAUUUCAGAAAGCCUAUCUU